AUGACGACAACAGCAGCGACGGCGAGCACAACGGCGGCGGCGGCGUCGGCCCCGAAGCCGAACCCGCCAACGGCGCACGGCGAGCUCGACCUCGAGCUCCCACUAGCCCACCUCGCCCCGCCCAACACGGCAGUGAGGACAGGCCACUUCCAGACCCUGCGUCCCACCUCCUCCGGGCUCGAAAUCAAAGACGCGAUCCACGGCACGCACGUCCUGCACGAGCCCGUCCUGCUGUCGCUGCUCGCCUCGGAGCCGCUCCGCCGCCUCGCAGGGGUACACCAGCACGGCGUGACGGGCCUCGUGGGCCUCACCGCCCCCGUCUCCCGCCUCGAACACUCGCUCGGCGCGCUGCUCCUCGUCCGCGCCGUCGGCGGCAGCCUCGAGGAACAGGUCGCUGCGCUCCUGCACGACGUGAGCCAUACCGUGCUCUCGCAUGUUGUCGACGCUGCAUUCCCCAAGGGCCCGCGAGGAAGCUUUCACGAGGAUAACAAGGCGCGCUAUGUCGCCACGACCGAGUUGCCCGCGCUGCUCGCGGCCCACGGGUACGCCACGGCAGGCGGCACCGCCGGCGUGCUCGAUGAAGAAGCCUACCCGCUCGUCGAGCGCCCCGCGCCGCGACUGUGUGCCGACAGGCUAGACUACGGCCUGCGCGACGCCGUGGCCUUCGGCAAGCUGAGCCUGUCGCACGCGCGCGCCGUCGUCGCCGACCUCGUCGCGUUCCCUAGCGCGACAGCGCCAGACCGCGUGCUCGCGCUGUCGGACGCCGAGCUGGCCCUCACCCUCGCGCGCGCAUACGGGCAGUGCGACGCCGACGUGUGGGCCAACCCUGCCCAUGUGGUCAUGUACCGCCGCACCGGCGCGCUCAUCCUGUCCAUGGUCGAGAGCGGGCGCGUGGCCGAGGCGGAGCUCUGGGCGCUGUCAGACGACGAGUUCUGGGCCGCGCUGCGGGCGAGAGCGACCGACGAGGAGCGGAAAACACUGGAUAGCCUCGAGAACGAGGUGCCCGAGGGCCAGGGGCUCAGUAAGCGCACGAAAAUCCGCACGCUCGAUCCCGAUGUCGUCGUUGGCAGCGCUGCGAGCCCGCUCAGCUCUGUUCGACCCGAGUGGGGGGUCGAGCGGGCGGCGUACAUCCGCCAGAGGGAGGCCGAGCGGCGGUAG